CUGUUACAGACCGCUGCCAACUCUUUCUAGUCAGAUACAUGACCUUCGUUAUCAGAGUUCUGCCAGUUUAGCGGUUACAGAAAGUGGCCGAUCUUUCGUGUUUUGGUCGUGCGCGCCUGAGCGGUUCCGGAAAUGCAUAUGAACCUCUGUGCGAUCAGGGCAGGUGCUCAGGAUACUUAGUAUCACCCUCCCACUCAGUGUUGACAUGUCCGAUCGACGUGCAUACCACUACGAUCCCGACGCCCGUCGAAGGGGUCAAUGGUCGGGGGGCACUCAGCCUCCUUCUCAAUACCCACCUCAGACCAAUAUUGACCCCAGGUCAUAUCAUCCCUCAUACCCCCCGCUGAACGCUCAGAUGACUGCGCAGCCAGACCCUUCCGUUCCGUACGGAACACACCAUCACGCCCGCGGACAAGUAGCGGGCCAUCCUGGAGUAGUUUGCUCUCCGCAACCGCAGGCUCAGUACCCACAAGCUUCCCCCAGCCCCUACGCCCCCCGACAAAGUUAUCCGCCGCCUCCUGAUCAUCGUAUUCCAAUCAGAAGCAGCGCACCACAAUACCCAACUUCACAUCCUUACCACCACCAGGGUUCUCCAUCCCAACCCAGCAGUCACGCUCCUGCUCCGUAUUUUCCGACGCCGCCGCAGCCGCCGCCACAGUAUCCGGCGUCCCCUGCGCGUCCCUAUUCGUGUGACCUAUGUGCACUGUCUUUCAACCGCCAACACGAUCUCAAACGGCACAGAGAGACGCAUUCUGGGGAGAAACCGUUCUCAUGCAAUGGUGGUUGUGGCAAGACAUUCACCCGGAAAGACGCUUUGAAACGACAUCAGCUUGUCAAGCAAUGUGGACGAGACGACGACUCAUAAUCUAUCACUAUUCCGUUCGAAGGGAGAUAGCGCUCAUGCGAGGCUCGCGCCAAACCAGUGACGACGGCACUAUGACUUGAUUAAUU